CACGUCCCUCCAAUCCAAAUCUCUCUUUCUCUGCAAACUUCUUCUCUUCCUUUGGAGUCUCUCUCUCAUUCCCUCCAGAUGGGUUGUAGUAUUAAUUCCUCUUUCUCCACAUAAAAACCUCGUCUCUGAACAGAACUGUAGAAACCCAUAAUCUCUAUGGCUUCAAGCAGCUGUGCUUCUCUCUGUUCUUCUCCUCCAUUACCAAGAAGAACACCACCCAUUAAGCAAAACCCAUGCCUCAACUUUCUUCCAAAGCUAUACUUCUCCAGGAACCCAAAUCACUCAUUCUUGGACUGUCCAAUCUAUCUCUACAGUACCCGGUUGGUUACACCAUCCAAUUUAAUUUCUAAAGCAUCCAUCACUGAAUCGGAGCCAUCAAAAUCAGAGAGUGAAGGUAAAGGAGGAGAAGAAGGAGAAGAAGUGGAAGAAAAGUACGAAGAGUAUGAGGUAGAAUUGGAUCAGCCAUAUGGGUUGAGGUUUGUCAAGGGCAGGGAUGGAGGAACCUACAUUGAUGCCAUUGCUCCUGGUGGCUCAGCUGACAAAUCUGGGGUGUUCACUGUUGGGGAUAAAGUACUUGCAACCAGUGCUGUGUUUGGAGAAGAAAUAUGGCCUGCUGCUGAGUAUGGAAGGACCAUGUAUACCAUCCGUCAGAGAGUUGGCCCCUUACUCAUGCGAAUGCAGAAGAGAUACGGGAAAGUAGAAAAUAAGGUUGAGCUUACUGAGAAGGAGAUAAUCAGAGCUGAGAGGAAUUCCGGUGUGAUUAGUAAUAGAGUGAGGGAUAUUCAAAUGCAAAAUUAUUUGAGAAAAAUGGAACAGAAGGAAAACAGAGAAAAGGACCUUCGUGAGGGGCUAAUGCUUUACAAGGAUGGGAAAUAUGAAGCAGCACUGGAGAAGUUUGAAUCAGUACUGGGAUCAAAACCAGAACCAAAUGAAGCCUCAGUAGCAAGUUACAAUGUAGCUUGCUGUUAUUCCAAACUUAAUCAGAUACAAGCUGGACUUUCUGCACUUGAAGAUGCUCUACAAGCUGGAUAUGAAAAUUUCAAGAGAAUUCGGACAGAUCCUGAUCUGGCCAAUUUGAGAACAUCAGAAGAAUUUGCACCUCUACUGAGUAGAUUUGAUGAGUCUUUUAUCAAUGAGAAUGCCAUCAAUGCAAUCAAAUCUAUUUUUGGCAUAUUCAACAAGAAAUAGGGCCAUGAGUUCACAUUGCAAAGUCCCAAGACCUGGCUCGGUGAUCAUUCAACUUGCAUAUAUUUCAAUCAAGCCACUUCUUUUGUCAAACCAUGACUCUCUCCUUGAACCAUUUCAUCCGUGGCUCAUUCUAAGCGGAGUGUUGCAGAGAAGAGGUCCAGAAACAUUUCUUUUUUCUUCUCUCUAAGGAUGGUAGAAUAGUUGGAAUUAAUUUUUUUUAAAAAAAAGGAGUCUUACAUGUAUUUAUAAGGAAUAUUUCCCGACUACAUAUUCUUUUUCUAGAUUUGAUACUCAAUAUCUUACUCUUGUAAGAGGAUGAAAUUAUUUAAUAAACAGAGUUGGAGGAUGCA